CCGGAGUUUUUGGUGGUAGGCAGGCAGCUGCUGUUUAUACAGUGAAAUGGUGAUGUGGAUGAAAUAACGGUUUCUAGUUUAUUAGCUAGUGUCUGAUGGAAAAUGAGGAGCUAAAACCAGGUUUGCAAUCGACUCGAGAUGAGCUAAGUGAUGCUUUGAUUCAAACCAGCGCAGAUCAAACAACUGCAGAGGAGAUGGGUCAACUUUGGCGGCGAGACAUUGCCCUCUCAGAGAGUUUGGGGAAUGACUCUCCUGUCGGCUUCGCCCCGGGGCCCCCAGCCACGGUGGCCCCACAACAAUCCAACUCCUCCUGGCUCCCAGAAGCCCCAGUGGUCACACCAGAAGAGCCAAUUUUCCUUAUGACCUCCACUGCCAAAACUAUUUCAGGGUUUUUUGUUUGGACAGCUCUUCUGAUCACAUGUCACCAGAUCUACAUGCAUCUGCGUUACUACAGCUCUCCAAAUGAACAGAGGCACAUAGUUAGGAUCCUCUUCAUAGUCCCCAUCUAUGCCUUCGACUCCUGGCUCAGCCUUCUCUUCUUCACCAACGAGGAGUAUUACGUUUAUUUUGACACAGUCCGAGACUGCUACGAAGCCUUUGUCAUCUACAACUUCCUGAGUCUGUGUUAUGAGUAUCUGGGAGGAGAGAGCGCCAUCAUGGCCGAGAUCAGAGGGAAACCUAUCGAGUCAAGCUGUAUGUAUGGCACCUGUUGUCUGUGGGGAAAGACAUACUCCAUUGGCUUCCUCAGGUUUUGUAAACAGGCAACUCUCCAGUUCUGUGUGGUGAAACCUCUGAUGGCAAUGAUCACUGUCAUUCUUCAGGCCUUCGGGAAAUACAAAGACGGAGACUUUAACGUUGCUAGUGGCUACCUGUAUGUGACCAUUAUCUACAACAUCUCCGUCAGUCUGUCGCUCUACGCUCUCUUCCUCUUCUACUUCGCCACACGUGAACUGCUUGUCCCAUACAACCCCGUGCUCAAGUUCUUCAUGGUCAAAUCAGUCAUCUUUCUCUCCUUCUGGCAAGGGAUGCUGCUGGCCAUCCUGGAGAAGUGUGGAGCCAUCCCUCAGAUCACCUCGGCCAACUUCUCUGUGGGCGAGGGAACAGUUGCCGCUGGUUACCAAAACUUCAUCAUCUGCAUUGAGAUGUUCUUUGCGGCUAUCGCUUUGCGCCAUGCCUUUACUCACAAGGUCUACAUGGAUAAAAGGCUGGACUCAUAUGGCUCAUUUCCUAUCUAUGGACAGUAUGGUCGCUGUGCCCCAAUGAAGAGCAUCUCCAGCAGCCUGAAGGAGACCAUGAAUCCAGGGGACAUGGUCCAGGAUGCCAUCCAUAACUUCUCCCCAGCUUAUCAGCAGUACACCCAGCAGUCCACAUUGGAGCGAAGUGGGGGGCCACCCCUCUCCCGCAGCCACAGUAACCUCAGCACCCGCGGGGACAACGAAAAGACCCUGCUGCUUAGCUCCGACGACGAGUUCUGAGACUCAAACACACACUCGCUUUACGCCCGUACGCAUUCACUUUUUUUUUUUUAUCACCUUUGUGAGACAAAUCAGAUGUUUUCUUGUUACCUUAACAUGGAAGAUAAGAUUUAGUUUCCCCCUCUUUUUUUAUUUUUAUUUUUUUUAACAUUAAUAAUGAAAAGAUCUGAUUGUUGUCAGACUUAUGGAGCUAUGGUUGACAGACUGUGGGAAGGGAUUGAGUGUUUUUAUGAGGAAUGAGAGGUAAUAAUGGGUACAGUAGGAAAAGAGGAUAGAAAGGUUGUUGGCAAAUUUAGUCAGGGAGAAGAGAAGUCACAAUGUUUAGACAUUAUUUAGACACGUUUAUUACGUCAUUUGUGUUGAUGUCAUAGAGGCCAUUAAUGACAGAACUACCAUAUCACACGGAAACACCACAGCAAAAAAAAAAAAGACAGAUAUAAGGUGUAUGCUAGAGCAAAUAAGUGCCAUUUUAAUCUAAAACACUUCAUCUUUCAGUUAUUAUAUUGAUUCUGCAUCCAAACUCCUCCUCUUCCCUCUGCCAAUUUUGCCUCUUACCAAAACAUUGCCAAAUAUUGAGGAGCAGCCCGUGCUCCAGUCUUAAGAUUUAGAAUUGAUUCAUAGUCAAGCAAAGCUAAGGAGCCUUUGAAUUGCCAGGCUUUAUUUUAAUAUAUAACAAUUUAAAACACUUUUUUUAUUUUUAAAUGUAUGACCUUGAAGGUUUUAAUUUCAAAGAGUAGUUUGUUGGAAAAUUGUUAUUCCAGAAAUGUUCUAAAUAUUCAGUGUUUUCAUGUUGUUGUGGUUUCUGAAGUAGCUCAAAAGUGUAAUUGUAUGACGCUGUUGAGCUCCUCGCACAAUGCUAUUGUUUGUGUACCACUGAGGUAACCGCUGUAGGAGAGAUUUUAGUGUGUGGCAGGGAGAUUGGCGGAAGGACCAAACCCACACAGAUUGCAGAUUACUGAAAAAGAAACACUUCCCUGCAGAGCCGACCCAGCUGUGAUGCACUCUGGAUUGUAAUCCCAUAAUUAAGGGCAAAACACAGCCUGCCUCUGCUGGUAUUGUUUAUAAAGGCGUCACUGCUAUAGUGAGUUAGUCAGUCAUUACAGACAGAUAAGGCCAUGAAAAGAUGUAUCGGGCCUUAAAUCAGACUAAAAUCACAUGUGAAAAAGGAAUAUAUAGGCCUUAAAAGUGUGUAUGCAUAGAUGCACAUGGAUUUGUUCAGGGGCGCAUUAUAGCAGUGAUGCAUGUCAGAAAAAAUCGUCAUGCUGUCUGUCAUCCUCUGUUUUUCCUAUUAGUAGAGUUUCUACGUUAUCAACUGAUGUUUAAUAUGCGUUUUAGCAGGGGCCAGUAAAGAAGCUGCUUGUGGUCGUAAUCGUUAAUGUUUGAUGGCAGAGCACCGCGAUAUAAAAGCUGAGCAGAUCCUUUUUCUGCCUCUAAAUGUGCGAUCAACGUUUUCCUCUUACCUUACAGUGAGGGCAGUCUAAACACAUUUCACAGAUUGACAAACACUAUGAAUGUAGUCCGGAUGAAGAAUUAAUAGCCGCAUUGAUGUGCGUCCUUAAAAGAACACACUCUACUUUCUAAUGAGAAAAUCGUGUUCAAUCAGCAGAAUAAUGAAAGUGUUAAAGUUGGUUUUCUGCUGUGACUGCUAACCCAUAACGCUACCAGCCACCUCUUCACCUAAUAACAUCACUUUUGUAUUGGACAUUCCACUGAACCUGUAGUGCUUCAGUUAAAGGCAAGGUUUAGUUGAGUUGUAACACUAACUUUGUUUUGAAAAAGUGCUAUGUGCUGCCUUUUACUCUGGCCUAAGUUAACAGCAUAUCAAACACAAGCAUUUUAAUUCAAAACUUUAUUAAAUGAUAGCUUUGGUACUAUGAUUUGAAAGCUGGAUGUUAAUUACAAAGCUAUAUAUAUAUAUAUAUAUAUAUAUAUUAAAUGAGGAAAUAAUAUUCCAGAAGGGAAGGAAUGUUGUAAAUAGUUAAACCAAGCACUGCAAAUGGUGACACUAAAGGCAUUGCUUGGUUGCUCUUGUUUAAUAUUUUAGUUUUCAUAUGUUCUGUUUUAUUUCUGUUGUACACUUUUUAAUUUGUAUAUUGGAAAUAUUAUCUCUUGUUUUUAUGCUGAAUUGGUUCCUGUCGGUGUU